AUGCCACGUCAAUUGAUUGUUUAUGUAGAUGAUAAAAUCUACCACUAAUAGAAUUAUGAUAACUCUAAUAAUUCAGGUGUAUAAUACAAUUGUAAUUCAAGUUACCUUUUUUUCCUUAUUACUAUUACUCUUUAGCAUUCAAGUCCUUCUAUCACAAUCUCAAUGAUCGCUGAAAAUAAUCAUUGGGGAGUAGCAGAAUUUAAAUUAUCAAUUAAUGAAUGCUUAAAUGGAUGCAAUUAUUGUAAUUCAUAGGAAUGUUUUAAUUAAGAGUUAUUUUUGACAUUAUUUAAUGAAAAAACAUUCUCUGUUGUGAAAACAGAAGAAGGAUGGUAAUCUGGAUUUGUUGGAGUAAAUGAAAUUGGAGAAUGCUAUGGAUUUAAUUACCUCAAAACAUCUGGAGGUAAAUUGCACAAUGUUUUUAAUUUAGGUCAACAUGAAAUGAUAAGUUUUUAAGCAAAGUUAUUAAUAUUUAAUUCUGAUUCAACUAAAAUUUAUAUUAGUGUAGACGAUAUUUUAGUAACUACAACUAAUUAUAUUUAGAAAUAAUUAAUAUUCAAUGGUUAAAUAUGUGGAUACAUUUAAAUUCAGGAAAUUAAUCUAUUAUAAUAUUAACAUUUUAGUAGAAGUUUAGAAAUUACAAUAUCUGUUGAUUUGAAGCAAUAUCAUCAGUCGCCUAGUUUUUCAACAUAUAUUGGGUUGAGAGAUUUUUAAUUAUUCGUUAAAAAAGGGUCUGUUGAAUGUUAUGAUUGGAAUAUUGUCCCUUUUGAUGGGUGCUUUUCAAAUAUUUACGAUUGCGUUGAAGGUUGUGGAUUAUGUAUUAAAGGAAUUUGCUAAGAUUGUUUAGUUGGAUGGGAGUUUGAAGAGUCAUCACAAUCAUGUAUCCCUAUUUGUGGAGAUACUCUUAUUACUCAAGAUGAAGAAUGUGAUGAUGGUAAUUUAGUUGCUUAUGAUGGAUGCCAUAAAUGCAAAUAUUCUUGUCCAUCUAACUGUAGAUAUUGCUAAUUUGGAAAAUGUUUGGGUUGUCAAAAUUAACAUCAGAUUUUAGAAGGUAGAUGCUAAUUUAUCUGUGAUGAGUUAGAAAAAACUCAUUACUAAGAAAACCAAGAUUAUCAUGAUUUUAUAAUUUUGGAAGGAUAUUAAUGUCGAUAAGACUAAUUUGAUGAUAAAUUUGAAAGAUUUUAUUUUUAAUAAUAGAAAUCCCUAUUAAAUUUGAAUAUUAGAAUCCUUGAAUAACAAUAUAACAAUUCUAAAUUUGAUUAUUUGGAUAAUUGUAAGGUCGAGUAAUUUGGGAAAUGUUUGGAAUGCCAUGCAGAGUAUGAAUUCAAUUUUCAUAAAACAAAAUGCAUUCCUAAAUGCUAGGAUGGAAUAUUAAUAUAAGAAGAAGUUUGCGAUGAUGGGAAUAGAAUCCAAUUUGAUGGCUGUUACAAAUGCUUAAAAAGUUGUCAAAUAGAGUGUUUAUUUUGUUCUGAAAAUAAAUGCUAUAAUUGUCAAAAUGGUUGGCAACUUCAAGAUUAUUAAUGUAAAUAAAUCUGUGGAGACGGGUAAUUAGCAAUCUUUUCUAAUGAAUAAUGCGAUGAUCCCGAAGAUCCAAAUUGUACUGAUUGCAAUUAUUAAUGUGAUAAUGAUUGCCUAAUUUGUAAUUAGUUUCAAAAUUGUGAGAUAUGUAAGCAUCCUUUCUAAAUGAAGAAUGGGAAAUGCUUAUCAAUCUGCGGAGACAAUAUUAUUACCCCACCCUUUGAAUAAUGCGAUGAUGGAAACGAUAUUCCAUAUGAUGGUUGUUAUGAUUGUCAAUUCAAAUGUUCCUUCGGAUGUAUAAAAUGUUAGAAGGACAAUAAAUGUGUAUAAUGCGAUGAAUUAAAUUACAUUUUAGAUACUCAUACUUACAUAUGUUAAGCAAAAUAACCCAAUAGUGAUUUAGAGCCUAAGGAGGAGGAGAAUAAUAAUGAUUUAGUAAUUAUUUCAUGUAAUGAGAAUUAAGAAUUUAUCAAUUAUCAAUGUGUUAAUUUAUGUGGUAAUGGAAUACUUAAUAGUCUUUUUGAAUAGUGUGAUGAUGGAAAUAAUGAAGGAGGUGAUGGAUGUUCAGCUUUAUGUUUUGAAGAAGAUUCCUAUAAAUGCAUCAAUUAGAACAAUUCGUUCAGUAUUUGUAAUUUUGUUUAACAACCAAAUCUUGAAUUAAUCCUACUGUCAGAAAUCUAGAAUCAAACAAAAAUUAUUGAAUUAGGUUUCUCUUAAGAUGUUUACUUAUUAUCCUAUCAAUACUUUGAACAAAUUGUAGAAUUUACAAUCACUCCAAUAAGUUAGUAUUAAUUAUCAUUACUUCCAAUAAUAAACAUUACCGCUUAAUUAAACCAACCUAAGUAUUAAAUUUCUGUUUAAUUUUUGGAACCUGUCACUGAUCCAAUCCUACAAAUCAACAUCCAGUAAUUCUCUAUUUAUAAUUAUUAUGAUAUGUAAUUAAAAAGUAAUUCAAAAUAAUUACAUCUUGGAACCCCUUUUGUGUUAUCAAAAGCUACGUAAAAUAGAGUCAAUUAAGUUAUUAAGAUGAAUGAUGCCAUAGUAUAUUCUACAGUAAGUAUUGCAGGUUUACUAUUCGUAACUGGAAACUAUGUUGUAUUUUUUAAUUUAUUAGAUUUAUUAUAGUCUUUAUCUUAUAUCAGAUAUAUGGAAUAUAAAUUUCCUCCUCAUUUAAGUCAGUUUCUAGAAACUUAUACUAAAAUUUCCUUAUAACCUAUUUUAGAGAUUUUAAGAGUUGAUGAACUUAUGACUUAACUAAAUGGAGGCACCAUCCCAUAUUUAAAAAAGAAAUCGCAAAAGUCCAAUAAAACAAAUGGUAUUAAUUAGAUGUAUUUAAUGAAUGCGAAAGGAUGUUACUUUUCUUACUUUGCUUCAUUAAUUACCUAUAUUAUUUGUUGUCUAAUAUCUUCAAGCAAAAUAUCAGAUUGGGUAGGAUAUUACUUUAAAAAGAAUGAAGAAAAGAUUAAAACUCUACGACUAAUCUCAAUAUUCUAGCAAAAAAUCCAAUUAUAAAGUUCAAAACUUAAAAACUAUUAUUUCUCUUCAGGAGUUUUUCAACUAUUUUACUCGACACUUCAAUAAUAAUUAUUUAGUACACUUUUACAAUUUCCUGAGUACUCUUUUAAUUCAAUUUUCGAAAUAAUUAAUAGUGUUGCAGCAUUGGGGAGUUUAUUGUUUCUGAUUUCAAUUUUUGUUAGAUUGCUUUCCAUAACAACUACUGAAAUUAAGAAUAAAUAAAAAUGGAAAUAUUUUUUUUAAGAUUCAAAAACUGGAUUUUGGGCUGCUAAUUUCAAGCCAUUCCAAAUUUAUAGAUCUGCUUGUUAUAUUAUAAUUAUAACUAUAUUCAUAGAAUACCCUUAAGCUUAAUCAGUUUUACUUUCGAUGCAAUCAUUUUUUUAUUUACACUACUUGAUCCUAGUUAAACCAAUAAAAUCAAAUUAUGAAAUAGCCAAAUUAAUAUGCAGAGAAGUGAUAUUAUUAAUUAUAACAGGGUCAUUUUUAGUUUACAGUUUGGAACUAAAUCAUGAUCAAUUUAUGUUAUAUGGAUGGUUUCAUAUAGCACUCUUUUGUUUUUUAUUAGUCUUUACUUUAACUGUUGACCUUUUGGAUUCAGUCUAAAAAACGUAUUAUAUCCACUUAAAAAAAAGAUAAACUUAGGAAAGAAUGAAAAUUCUUUAAUAUUACGAAAAUCCAUUAUAAAAAUUUUGUUAUGAAAAUAAGGUUGAUUAAUAAUUAAAAAAAUGA